AUGAUCCGAUCAUUUGAUAAUGACGAUCACCAAAAUAGGUUUCUUUCGGUCAUAUACGAUAUACCAGCUUUCACACAAGCGAAAAUGGCACAACCUUAUAGAAUUCAGGACAGCAGAAUUGGUAAACGAAUUCAGCCACAAAGCAUACAAGACAACAACACUGGAGUGGCACGAAAUCGUUUCAGCCGUAGAGGCGAUAGAAUUUUACGUAAAAAUUCGGGUCGGCGCGAUGUAAUUAGCUUCAGCGUUGAAGAAGCAGGAGAAACGUCGAUGAAUAGUAAUGAAUCAACACCUACGGUAAUUGAGUCAAGUGACAGUGAAAAGGAACAAAUUCAACCUGAACAUUCCAAUAAUCCACCUCAAAAUUAUACCCAAAAUUUUGUGCAACCUAUCUACAUUGAUAUUGUGGAUGAUGGGGAGACAUCGAUGAAUAAUAGAGAAUCAGCACUUUCUAUUGAAGUAAUUGAAUUGAGUGACAGUGAAGAGCAAGUUCAACCCGAAAAUUCCAAUAACUCAUCUUCUCAAAAUGACACCCAGAAUGCGAUAGAACGUAUCUAUAUUGAUCUCGUGGAUGACAAUGAAGAGAACGAGGAAAAUGAGGGACAAACUGAAAUAAUAUACAUCUCAGAUGAGGAGGAGGAGCUCGAUUAUGAUAAUAUGGAGCUAAAUAUCAUGGAAAAUCAAGCGGAAAUUCGCCGAAGAAUUCAUUUAUACGGCCAGAUACGUCCUCAAACUGAAGAAGAACGCGAAUAUUCACCAUCACCACGCGAAGGAUUCACAACAGAUUUGGAUAAAGAUACGAUUGUGAUUUGCUCCAGAUGCAAUCAUGGAAUGGAGAACGGGAUGUGCGCAUUAUAUUGUGGGCAUGUGGUUUGUGGAGAUUGUGGAACAUUAUACGAAAAAGAUAGGAUUUCUUUCUGUCGAGUCUGCAAAGAAUAUACUGCGAAAGACGAAGUUACUAGACUUUUCUUUUAA